UCCAUUCUUAUUUGCCCUAAAAGCAGAUUCCGAGAGCCCUGGAAAAAUACAGUGCAAAACUUAAUUUAGCUUUUCAUCAGGAUGUCUCAGCUAUUGAUCAUUUGGUAGUAGUAUAUAUCAUCCAUCUCCUCUAUAAAUAGGCACCCCCAUUCACUCCAUCAUCUCAUCAAAGCCCUCACAGUAAGCAACAUUUGAGAGCUCUCAUCCUAGCUAAGCUAUCUCAUCUCACAGCAAGCUCUAGCUACUGAUCUCCAGCUGAUCCUCAGUUUCUCCCCCAAUCAUAUUCUGUGAUCAACAUGUCUAGGGACCCAUUGGUUGUCGGUCAUGUCGUCGGCGAUAUCGUGGACCCGUUCGUCACCACCGCUUCGCUUAGGGUCUUCUACAACAGCAAGGAGAUGACAAAUGGGUCUGAGCUCAAGCCAUCUCAGGUGUUGAACCAACCAAGGAUUUAUAUCGAAGGUCGCGACAUGAGGACGCUCUACACGCUUGUAAUGGUGGACCCUGAUGCACCAAGCCCCAGCAACCCUACUAAAAGAGAGUACCUUCAUUGGAUGGUGACAGACAUUCCAGAGACCACUGAUGCCAGAUUUGGUAAUGAGAUUGUCCCCUAUGAGAGCCCACGCCCAACUGCAGGCAUCCAUCGCUUCGUGUUCAUCCUAUUCAGGCAGUCAGUCAGGCAGACCACCUAUGCACCAGGGUGGCGCCAAAACUUCAAUACAAGGGACUUUGCUGAGCUCUACAACCUCGGUUCGCCGGUCGCCGCGCUCUUCUUCAACUGCCAGAGGGAGAACGGCUGUGGAGGAAGAAGGUGUGUUAGAUGAUAUAUGUAUAAAUUGUUGGGUGCUAACUGAGAAAGUCCCCUUCUAUAUACAUAAUAUGGUGAUCAAUUCUGCAUGCACUAGCUUACCUCUUUGGAAGGCACACAGAAGCUAGCUAGCAUAUAAAAUAGCAAUUGGGGGAGAUAAGUAUCAAUUCCUAAAGGGGCAUAUAUAUGUGUGUGAGAGUGCGUGUUUGUGUUUGUCUCUUUGUGUAAGUGCCUAAUGUGUAGGCAUUACAUGCUUGCACAAUGGUAUAAGAACUAUAUAUAAAUAUAUAGUUCACUGAAGAAUGUAGCUCUUGUAAUGUUGUUGUUUGUCCUAGCUCUCCUUCCCAGAAAGCUUGAGCUGCGCAUUGUUCCAAUUGACUACAUGGUUUGAAGAAAAAGGGGAAAAUUGCUUAUGUUUGUUUCUAAGCUGUGAUGUUGUAAGAUACCCAGAUGGAUAGAUUAUUAAUGUCUUUUCCCUUACUAGUUUUACAAAAUGUCCCUUGUUUGUCA